AUCAAAAUCAUUUGUACGCCGUAUGUCAACAUAUCCAGUACAACAAGUGAAAAGAAGUUUUGAUGUACGCAUGUCUGCUUCUUGAUCCUCCGACUAUUGUCUCUUGCAUAAAAAAAACGUUUAAAAGGAAAAACAUAUUAGGCAAUACUACUACAAUUUACUUCCGCGUACUCUUUCUUUCUUUCUAUAAUGUCAAUCAAUCAACCAAACGGUCUCACGCGGUUCCAUUACCAUUACUUAAAUAGCGUGAGACCUAAGGCAGUAAGCAUCAAUAAUUGCUACGUAAACAGAGAGACCUCCAGCUUCACAAACCCGUGCCCCGCGUGCUCAUGCACCACCACCACCACCCAAAAAAAAAAAGAGUAGGCCAUAAAAACGAAAUCUUGACUUCAUCUACUACCAGUAUUAUAAGUCUCCCGCACCAGCUGCAAAAAGUAUUAGCCUGCAAGAUCUGGAGUCAUCAGCAGUAGUGCUACUAUUAUAUCAUUUCCAUAUACUCCUUCCUAUCUAAGAGAAGAGAAGAUGGCUAGAGCUCUUUCAAGUUGCAAUGGAAGGGCGAAUCUUUUCGGGUCCUCCACAUCAAAUCUUCUUAGCCCAGCGUCAGUAUGCUACAGGCCUCUGGUGGUCAGAAUGUCCCGAGAGCAACCUUACUCUUACUGGGCGAACAUCGAAGCGGACGUCGAAACACAUCUAAAGGAAGCCAUCCCAAUCCGGCAUCCGGUCUCGGUCUUCGAGCCCAUGCAUCAUCUAGCCUUUGCUGCGCCGAGAACCACAGCCCCCGCCCUGUGCAUUGCUGCUUGUGAACUCGUCGGCGGCGACAGGAGCCAGGCCAUGGCUGCGGCGUCUGCUGUUCAGCUCAUGCAUGCAGCCGCGUAUGCUCACGAGCAGCUUCCCUUGACCGACAGGACCAGGCCCGCAACGGAACGUAGGUUCGGCCCGAAUAUUGAGCUCCUGACCGGGGACGGAAUGGUGCCAUUUGGGUUCGAGCUGCUGGCUGAUUCGCUGGAUUCAGCCCAAAACAAUCCGGAUCGGGUGUUGAGGGUAAUGGCCGAAAUCGCCCGGGCCACAGGAUCGCAGGGGUUGGUGGAUGGCCAAUUCAGGGAAUUCAUCAUCAGCCAAUCGGACGAGGAAGGGGCGGUCGAUGCGAGCUCGAUUGAGUAUGUGAGCAGGAAGAAAGAAGGUGAACUGCAUGCUUGUGCUGCAGCUUGUGGAGCCAUAUUAGGAGGCGGCAGCGAGGCAGAAAUCGAGAAGUUGAGAAGCUAUGGACUCUAUGCCGGAACCAUACAAGGAAUGCUACAUGGGAUUGGAAGAAAUCAAAAGGGAGUGCGAGAAAUGGUGGAAAAUUUGAGAGCAUUGGCCCUGAAAGAAGUGGAGAGUUUCAAGAAGAGAGAAAUUGAGGCAAUUUCCAGCUUGGUUCAGCCUGAACUCAGCUUCGUCUAAGGGCCUCAUAUUUUACGUAGUCUACGUACCUAUCAAAAAUGAUAGUAAUAAAUAUAUGUCGUUACCAAAACCAAAAGAAAAGAAAUUUCAAAGAUGAAGUGUGAAGACAAAAUAUGAUGUAAUGUGUCUGGCUGCAUGUGUGACAUCUUCUUCUGCUAUUUGAUUAUGAGAAAGCAACUAGAUACUCUUCCUGCGA